AUGUCGCAAGUCGAGAAAGCUACACCCACAGAGUCUAUCGCGCAGGAGCGAGGAGACGAUUCCUCUUCCGUGAGCAUGGAGGACGUUGUCGAAAAACAGGAAUACUUCGAAGCCAGCGCCGCGCCUCUGACCAAGAAACGAAAAACCCCCAACGCGGAAGCCACGCCCGCUACAGCCGCCGACUCCCCAACUCCCGACCCGACAAUCGAGAGGCCAGCAGCCCCAGCACACGAGUCAGUUUCGGAGAAGCGCCGUGACUCUGUCCAGUCCAGCCGCCUCUCCGACACCUCAAAUCUUGACAACGUCAACCUUGACGACGAUUUGGGCGCCCCACAAAAACAAGAGCCACGUCCCCAAAGAAGCUUCCAAAACUCUCUCACUAAGCAGCAUCACCAACGCCCUCCCUUCGAUGCCCUGGUCCCCAUCUGCGGAAUCCACGUCGAAAAGCCCUAUCCCGUCACCGCCAGUUCCGUUGUCUUCGACAUCUCAAUUUACCGCGCCCCUCCCCUCGCGCAAGCUCACGAGCCCCUUUUCCUGGCUCUCCCGUAA